CCCCUUCUCUCUCUCUCUCUCUCUUUUUCUCUCUCUCUCUCUCUCUCUCUCUCUCCUCUCUCUUCCUAUCCCUCUUUUACCCAAGUUGGACAUCAUCAAAGAUCAUUUUGCUCUUUGAUCAUUCUUCAGACAGUACUGUAAAUGUGACACUUUUGACAAUUUGGUAUGUGGAAACGAUCGGAAAACUGAUCAGAAACGGAAUAAUCGUCGAGCCAGACUCGACGAAAAGAAGGAGGAAGAGGAAACACGAUAAUGGGUAACGCCACCACGAAAGAUUAUUCGAGGAGCAUCUCCGUUGGCACCAGCUCGAAGAAGACACGUUGGGAUGGUCCAGGUCUUCCGGCUCCACCAGGCAGACCUAUCUUGAUAUCAGGAACGAACGAAACACUGCCGGAUGUUGUGGCAAUACGAUGGGAGAGAUCAUCGAGUAACGGUGGAUCGGCGAUCGUCGGAUACCUGGUCGAGCAUCGACGACUAGGCUCUCCUCAUUGGGUACGAAGCACCUCCGGUCUUUGCGCAUUUCCAGAACUAACUUUAAGUGGUCUCGAGCCAGGAUGGCGUUAUCAAUUUCGAGUCAGAGCGCAAAAUGCACUCGGACUUUCACAGCCAAGCGACGUCUCCGAACCGCUCACAGUCACGUUGCAAAGGGCCGCCCUCGCCUGCGCUCCGUAUUUCGAGCUGGAACUUAAAGAUACGGUUGCGCUUGAGAACGAACAAGCCGAGUUUGUCAUACAAUUCUCUGGAACACCAUUACCAAAAAUCUCGUGGUUCAAGGACGGUUUUGAGAUCUUCAGUAGUAGGCGCACCAGAAUUAUCACAGAUAAUGGAAAGAGCAUUCUCUUGAUUCACCAGACUGCGCUUAAUGAUGAAGGUGAAAUUAAAUGUACUGCCACCAAUCGAGCGGGUCACGUUGCUACUAGAGCUAAACUAAUUCUUGAAGCACCUCCACGAAUACGAUUGCCACGUCAGUAUGAGGACGGUUUACUUUUCGAGCAAGAUGAGACCAUUAGAUUGAAAGUAUCUUUAGCAGGUAGGCCAACGCCUGUUGUCACGUGGUAUCACGAUGGAGAGCUGAUAUCCAAAGAUACUAGACACGUAUUUGAAGUGAUGGAUGGUGAAUCAGUUCUGAAAAUACUGAAUGCAAAACGAAGCGAUCGAGGGGAAUACACUGUUAAAGUUACGAAUAAGUUGGGUGAAGACACUGCGUCUUUUCUGGUCACCGUGACAGACCGACCCGCUGCUCCUGGCAAAAUAGCUGUUGCAAUGACGCUAGGUAGAUCGGUGACACUGUCGUGGAAGGAACCGGAAGAUGACGGCGGAUGUAAAAUCGGGACAUAUAUUGUCGAAUACUACAGAAUUGGCUGGGAAGUAUGGCUCAAAGCGAUUACAAGCAGAUGCACAACUGCGACAUUAACAGAAUUGAUCGAAGGUUCCGAAUACAAAUUUCGCGUGAAAGCUGAAAAUCCUUACGGAGUUAGCGAUCCUAGUGAAGAAAGUGACGUUAUUUUCGUUCCAGACAUUAAACGAAGGAUUGUAACACCGUCUUUAAAUGAAAAGUCGCAAAGUCAUCGAGAGAUCAGCAGAUCUCGUGGUGAUAAGCGAGAGGUGAGCUUUAUUACGCCAACGCAAAGGUCUAGAAGCUUAACGAGAGAAGAAGGUAAAACACAAGAUGAUAAAAAUAAUAGUCGCUUUGGAUACGACGAGCGAUCAGCUUCGGUGCAACGGCUCACAAUGCCAACUUCUACAUUGGAUAGACCGUCUAGAGCAGACAGUAGAGUAACAUUUGCACUAGAUACUUUGGAAAACGAACAACCUCCGAUUCCUCCAGCUAGAUCAAGAGAGCACAAUUCAACGAAACAACAAGUUACUAUUGGAAACCAUACACAUCGAUCAAAUAUUACAGCAAGUAUAAGAGACAAGGAAGAUAUUGUAAAGGAUGAAAGAGCAAUGACAUCGAAAUCGGCAGCAACCAUGCCGGUCUCUUCUCCAGUUACCGAAGAAGAUACCAUGUCGCGCUUUAUAAGAAAAGAAAGAAGUCUCUCUCCACUUUGCGUGCCGAGAAUUCAAGAACAUCGAAGAGAGGAGAAUUAUACCACAGCGAGCAACCAUUCUUCACCAUCUUCAAAUUUAAUUUUGAAAAAACAGACCACUGUUGUAAACGAAUUCAUACUAUCUCCGCCAGAUAGUCCGCAAUCGCAGAUAAUACUACAAGAGGAUGAUGAAAAUGCAUUGCACGGUAGCUCAGAGUUUAUGUUGGUUCUGUAUCCGGAAGAUGAAACACAAGAAGAUAUAAUAGAUAUGGGGAGCUUUACAGAAAUUCGAGCUAGAAGUAGCAUAAGUGGCAAACAGAAUAUAAUCGAGUUAAUAGAAGAUGAGAACGAUCUUGUACCACCGCCGAUGUCGUUAUCUCUUCCAGAAUUAUUUAGCACACAGCAUCAAGUAAUAGAAGUAAUGCGAGAAGCGGUUAGCUCUACCGAGCUUCUUCACGAACGAGCUAUGGAACGUUUCUAUCGCGCAGUUGCUGCUGAAGAAGCAGCUGAAAUUGCCAAACGAAAAAUGCAAUUUGAAAGACAAACCGAAUUGACACUAUUAGAUGUCGAAUCUAUUCAGAGAUCAUCGCUUCGAAGACGCCUAUCCAAUUCCGGUAUCGCUACGCAAAAUUUAAUCGCUUCCUGGCAGGCCAAAAAGAAUCGUCGAAGAUCCAGCGAAGGACAAGCGGAUGCAGUUCCAAAAACGUUAAAACUUCUUUCGCCAAUUUUGUUGCUAGAUGUCGAAGCUAGAUCAGAUCCAAAUCUUCCAUUUGAGACGACAAUGACUGAUCCUUGGGAAAGGAGCAAUAAGGUCGAAUCUGUAGAACGUCUACGUAGAUGGCAUGAAACAAAUGUACCAUUAUUGGAAGAGGUGCAACCAGAAAGAUCGAUACAAGCAAAUAAUGAAGACAAGCGAAUAAUAAUUCCACCAUCCAUCAUUGUUAAUAAAGUAGAAUCUCAAUCAUUGAUUGAAACGAAAACAAAGGAAACAGAAAAGGAGGAGACUAAUAGCAUUGAAACUUCCGAAGAGUCAUCAGAAGAGAUCAGUAGUGCAGAUAGUGAAGAUUUAAAAUUAUUAAAAUCGAGGAUCUUAGCAAGACAAAUUAUCGAUGAAGAAGAUACUUACCAUCCUAGAGGAAGACCAGUCCCACACGUCGAAUCAGAAUUACCACAGGUCCCAUAUGAUAGAUUAUCAAUUUUGGAGAUUUCGUCUCUUCCAUCCAGCAGAACAGUUACUUCCGUUUCGCCCAAUAAUGUGAUACCUAAAUCAAUUCUAAAAAAGCCCAAAGAGGAACCAAUUGUUCAGGACAAUUUUGGCAGAUCGAUCCCUCCAGAAAAACCAAUCAGAAAAACGUUAUCGCAAUCGUAUCAACAAGAAGACAUGGAGAAAAUAAAUAUGGACACCAACGGCAGAGUUUCGAAUCUUUCUAGCAUGUCCGAGGCUCUAAAGACUCCUACGAUGUCAGAAUCGGAUACGGAUAGCAUUAUAUCUGCGGCAGAAGCAGCAAAAAGUCGAAGAAUGCAAUCAAAAUGGCGAUCCGUAACACCUGAAGAAGAAGCAGCCGAAGUAGAAGCUAGAAUGGCUGUUGUAAAUCAAUACACCGAGAUAGUUCGGGAACAUGCGAGUCAUUCACGACAUGGUAGCGCAGCUAGCUCUCGAAGGUCCUCCAUUUCCGAAGAUCAAGAUCAAAAGUAUCGAACUCAGGAAAAACUUGCGCCAAAGUUGCCAGAUAAACAAGAGCAGGAUGAGAUGUCGAAAUUAAAAAUUAAAAGUAAGAAUGAAACUGACAGGCAAAAGAAAAGCAAUCAAACACCAAAUUCCAGAAGAGGAAGCAUUGAUUCGAGGGGUACGACUCCAGCGAGAGACACAACGAGUGCGAAGGAGAAGCGCGGAAGUAGACCAAGCUCCAGGGACCAGUCUCCAGCCGCGAGAAGAAGUGAAAGAAUAGGGGGUGCUUCUUCGAGAUCAUCUUCAAAGACCCGAAAUCGUACACCUUCUCAGGAAAGAAAUAAGCAACCCUUAACGAAAAAUGAUUUAAAUGAGCAAGGCCCACGUAGAUCUAAAGUACCUUCUAGACCUUCCUCGCGCUCCUCAUCGAGAUCGAGUUCUAGGGAAAGGUUUGGAACGACAGUACCAGUGGAAUCAAAAGUUGAGAAAUUACAAAAAGCACUCGAAAGUAGCAAGUAUCGAACGAUGAGGAAAGAAAUCGAACUAACCAAAGAGAAUGUCGGAGAAAGCACUUUUGAUCGAGCAAACGGAAAACAGUUAGCUCUAGAAGCUAAAAUAACAGUCAGAUCGACGGUGAGCUAUAUAACUGAUCUGGCGUUGCUAUUAGCUGCAAUGUAUAUUUAUUUUUUUAAAAAAGAAACCUUAGCGGUGCCGUUUAUCGUGCUUCUUUUAUAUCGAAGAGUACAGGAAAAAAUACACGAGUGGAUACCACGUCGUUGGAGGCGAUCUAUCAAGAAACACUAAUUGAGUGAUGUAAUUAAACAGCCACAUAUAUUUUAUACAUCCCAUCUAUUAACUAAAAUACUCUAAAUGAUUGCCAAGGAGACACAAUUAAUAUUAUACACUAAAAUAAAAUAGUAUAUUAUAUGUAUAUUAAAUCGCAAACUAUUUAUAGCAUUCUCCGUAUGUAAUUUAAUCGAAACUCGUUAUUGUUACCUGUUUUAUUUGUAAUCGAUGUUAAUUCUUUACUUCUAAUAAAUUAUAUAUACGUUUUCACCAAA